CGAGCUUUGGGUGCGGAUUUGGGCGAGAUUUCUGACAGGGUCGAUUCCGAUUCCUCAUCUUCACGAAUUCGAUCCCUAGAUCUGGAAUCGCUGUAUCGCUCCCGCCUCAUCGCCCUCUUCUUCGCGCCUCAGCUCCCGCGCUUCGUCUUCUUCAACUUGGGUUUGGGCCUCUUUCUCGAAACCCAAGUUUAGUAUUAUGAUGGAAAAUACCCUCGAUCCCUUUCUCUCUCCUUCAGCUUCCUUCAAACCCCAGAAUCGCCGGCGAGCUUCUUCGAGGACGAGUACCAUACGCCUGUUCCAGCCUCGAAGAGGAUCCGGUGCUCCGCCGCCCUCCAGUUCUCUCCGCCUCCGGCCUCGGUCACGUCACCACCUUCGACCGUUGUUUCUCCAGUUGAUCGGCUUAGGGCUCUGUUUCCUGAUAUGGAUGAGGAGUUGCUCGCGAAAGCACUUGAAGUAUCAGGCAAUGACUUGGACAUUGCGAUAAAGAAUUUAAAUAAUCUCCAUUUGGAGUCAGCGAGGGCAGAAUUAGACUUUGCUGAGAACAACAAAUCUAAUGUCAGGACUGAAGCGAAUAUUUGGUCAUCACCUGAAGCUCAUGCUGCUGCUGCUGGGUGGUUUGUUGCUGGUUUGUUGCUUUGUGCAGCAUUUGCUGCUGCUGGUGGUGGUUGCAUUUGCUGCUGCUGCUGGUUGGUUUGUGCCUGUUUUGAGCUUUCUGCAGCUCAUACUGCUGCUGGUUGCUGGUUUGUGCCUGUUUUGAGCUUUCUGCAGCAGUUUGCUGCUGCUGGUUGCUUUGUGCAGUAUUUGUUGCUGCUGCUGGUUGGUUUGUGCCUGUUUUGAGCUUUCUGCAGCUCAUGCUGCUGCUGCUGGUUGGUUUGUUGCUGGUUUGUUGCUUUGUGCAGCAUUUGCUGCUGGUGGUGGUGGUUGUUGUGUGCUUGUUUUGAGCUUUCUGCAGCUCAUGCUGUUUGCUGUUUCUUGCUGGUUUGUGCCUGUUUUGAGCUUUCUGCAGCUCAUGCUGCUGCCUUUGUUUGUGCAGCAUUUGCUGCUGCUGCUGGUUGGUUUGUUGCUGGUUUGUUGCUUUGUGCAACUGAUGCUGCUGCUGCUGGUUGGUUUGCCUUGCCUGUGGUUUUCAUUGCACUUGAUAUGUGGCAAUGAUGAUGAUCAACGUUUACUGAGAAUGCAACCUAACUUACAUCGUUUAUUAUAUCCAGAUGAGGCAAUAUUUGAGAUGAGAUUGCAGCCUACAUUGAAUUGGCAAUGUCUAGGCCAGGCAAUUCAUCUUUAUAAUGCAAUCUGUAAUAAACAUGUUUAAGUUAUAGAUGGGCAAUCAAUGAUGACAAGUUGAUCUAUUACUGAGCCAUACAAUAUCAAUAAG